ACUCCGCGUUCGGAAAGGGAACGCGGCGGAGCCAAUGGGAGCGGAGCGGGGUCGGGUUUCGCCGGGGCUGGGUAAAUAGGCUCACGGAGCUCAUAGUGGUGCGGAGCCGGGCGCUGCCGAUGCGGCUGGGGGAGAGCGCUGCCGGGCCGGCACUGUUUGUCUGAGGAUCUCCAAGCACUCCUUGAACAUCUAGCCUCACAUCUCCCCUGUAAGGAAGGCACUGUAUGAGAGACUGACAAUGAUCACGUUCAUGAACAGCUCCGACAGUGAAGAGGAAGCCUGUAAUGAGAGAACAUCACUGAUAUCAGUGGAGAGCCCCCCUGCAGCCUCCUACCAGGAUGGCCUGCAAGCACCAGAAGCAGCAGAAACGCAGACGUACAGGAAGAGGCAUACUGGUGGCAGUUGUAGCCCUAGUGAUGCUGAUGGUGGUAAUUCUGACUCGGGAAUUCCAGUAAGAGACAUUGCUGUGGACAAUAAGGAGGAGGAACUGACCCUGAAAUAUGGAGCAAAGCAUGUGAUCAUGCUUUUUGUGCCUGUCACGCUGUGUAUGAUUGUUGUCGUUGCCACCAUAAAGUCAGUGCGCUUCUACACAGAGAAGAAUGGGCAGUUGAUCUACACCCCUUUCAGUGAAGAUACACCUUCCGUAGGCCAGCGUCUCCUGAACUCCGUGCUGAAUACCAUCAUAAUGAUCAGUGUUAUCAUUGUGAUGACCGUGUUCCUAGUUGUGCUGUAUAAAUAUCGUUGUUACAAGUUUAUCCAUGGUUGGCUGAUUCUUUCAUCACUGAUGCUGCUGUUCCUUUUCACUUACAUCUAUCUAGGCGAAGUGCUGAAGACCUACAAUGUGGCUAUGGAUUACCUCACCUUGUUCUUUGUCAUCUGGAAUUUUGGAGCAGUUGGGAUGAUUUGUAUCCACUGGAAGGGUCCCUUGCACCUCCAGCAGGCUUAUCUCAUUAUGAUCAGUGCGCUGAUGGCAUUGGUUUUCAUUAAAUAUCUACCCGAAUGGUCAGCAUGGGUCAUUCUAGGAGCCAUUUCCAUUUAUGAUCUGAUCGCUGUGCUGUGUCCCAGAGGGCCAUUGAGAAUGCUGGUAGAAACUGCACAGGAGAGAAAUGAACCUAUAUUUCCUGCAUUAAUAUAUUCUUCUGCUAUGGUGUGGACAGUAGGAAUGGCAAAGCAAGAUGCAGCAUCAAGGAGCCUUACUCAGCAGACAUGGGAUUCAGCUGAAGACGUGAGAGAGAUCCAUGACAAUUCUGCCUAUGUGGAAUCCGAAAUCUCUGAGGCCAGGAGUCCAGCUCCAACCCAUCCAACUACUUCCUUAUUAGAGGAUCUAGAAGAGGAGGAAAGAGGUGUCAAGCUGGGCCUUGGAGACUUCAUAUUUUACAGUGUGCUUGUAGGGAAAGCAGCUGCCACUGCUAGCGGAGACUGGAAUACAACAUUGGCCUGUUUCGUAGCCAUCCUUAUAGGUUUAUGCCUGACUCUUUUAUUGCUGGCUGUGUUCAAGAAAGCAUUGCCUGCUCUUCCCAUCUCCAUCACCUUUGGGUUGGUAUUCUACUUCUCAACAGACAACCUGGUGCGACCUUUCAUGGACACCCUUGCAUCCCACCAGUUGUAUAUUUAAAGGUGAAGACAGAUGAGUAAGAAGAUUUUUUUUUUUAAAGCCUUGCUGUGAAGUAUGGCAUUUUAAAUGAGGAAGUUGUAUAGUUUUACACUUAGUGCCAUAUAUUUUUAAGAACUUUUUACAACUAUCAUGGGAUACUUAAUAAAAUCUAGUAGCUAAUAUCCAGGGCUUUUUCAAGGGAGUUAGGCACCCAACUCCUAUUGAAAUUCACAGGAAGCUGAGUACCUAACUUACUUGGGCUCCUUGAAAACCCAGCUUUGGCAUUGGUGCCUGAGCAGUACCUGAAUGCACUUGAUCUAAAUGUCACCUGGUGCAAAUAGUCUGUAUGUAGUACAGGCUGACAGAGAUGAAGAACCUUACAUGUGCAUGUCAGGGGAGUCUAGGAUCUGCGUUUACGCUUUGACCUGGAGUUGCAAAGAGGGUUAAUUGUACUUAAAUUGCACAGCACUUUGAAAGUGAAAAGUGCUAACACUAAUUAAAAGUAAGUCAUAGAAUCCUAAUUAGACAAGUGAGGUGGUCAGCGUACAUACAGGAGAGUAGACUAAUGUAAUUGGCUGUGAGUGUUAGACAGGGAGACUGCUAUUCCCAUAGGGAUGUUUCCAACACUUUGGGCCCAAUUCUGGAAGCUUCACUGAAAUCUGGAUCUGGCCCUUUGUCUAAAAAAGUUGCUUACUAUUACCCUAAUGGGAUGUGACAAAUGAAAUCCUGCUUUGUAACAAGAUGUCCUUGGGUGGGAUCUAAAAGCAUGAACCUCUACAGGCUGUACACAGCCUUUGAGCUUUUAGCUCAAACUCAUAAACCCCGAAGUGGAUGAGCCACUCUGGAAGUGAGAGUUACAUUAUCCUAUCUUUUCCUGGCAGUUAGUGUUAGGAAACAUCUUUGUUCACCAAUUACAAACCUCAGAUGACCAAAAAGGUUGGAAAAAUGACAGAACUUCAAUUAAACUAGUUGACCUGUAACUUCCUGUGUGUAUUCGUGGUCUGAUUCCUGUGUGUAAUGUAAUCACUAUAGGGAGAACUGUUACCUCUCCUUUAUAAAGAGAUUCUUACACUGACCUAGGCUUGACUUAUCUAUUUUUUUUGUAUUGUUUAAAUACUUUUUAUGACAAGCUUAGAAAAACUAUAUAAAUAUUUAAUGUAAGAGUGACUAUUUUGGAAAUACAUUGCUACAGUUUGUAUCAAAAUGUGGAUGUGAGAUUUUUUUUUGGAUCAGUCUGUUAAUCUAAAUAAGGCAUGAUUGAAGCUGAAUAAUUACAAGGCUAACAUGACCCCAUUAAAAACUAUAGCGCUCGUUGCCAGCUAA